AUGGCGGAGAAGAGCAAAGUCCUGGUGAUCGGAGUCACCGGACUCAUCGGAAAGUUCGUCGUGGAAGCGAGUGCUAAGUCCGGCCACCCUACCUUCGCUUUCGUGGAACCGCUGUCCACUCCGUCCGACGCUGCCAAGACCAACUUCGUCCAAGGUUUCAGGAGAUUAGGCGUCUACGUAGUUCUGGGAGACAUAAACGUUCCACAUACUCUGGUGAAUGUGAUGAGGCAGGUUGAUGUGGUAAUCUCUACUGUUGAGACAUCACCGGAUGACCAAUACAAGAUUGCUGCUGCCAUUUUGACGGCCGGAAAUAUAAAGAGAUUCUUGCCUUCAGUGUUUGGAAGUGAUGUGGAUCGUGCCCAUGCUGUGGAGCCAGCAAGAACUUUUUAUGCUGCUUACUAUACCGACAUCCACCGCCUUCUCGAGGAAGAGGGAAUCCCGUAUACCUAUGUGUGUUGUAACUUUCUUGUAGGUUGGCACCGUUCAACAUUGGUGCAGCCCAGGGCUAGAGCUGCCUCUAGAGAGAGAAUUGUCAUCUUAGGGGAUGGUAAUGCGAAAGUGGUGUUUAACAGGGAGGAUGAUAUCGGCACCUAUACCAUCAAAGCCAUGGAUGAUCCUAGGACCUUGAACAAAAUUCUGUACAUCAGACCUCCUGGCAACACUUACUCAAUGAAUGAUCUCGUGUCUUUGUGGGAGAGAAAGACCGGCAAGACCCUGGAGAGGGUUUAUGUUCCAGAGGAGCAAGUUCUGAAGAAAAUUCGAGAUGUGAAAUCUCCAGACGAUCUGGUGUGGGCCAUAUCCCAUUCUGUUUUCGUGAAAGGAGACCAAACUAACUUCCAGAUUGAGCCGCCGUACGGAGUGGAAGCUUCAGAGCUCUACCCUAAUGUUAAAUAUAGCACCGUGGAUGAGUACCUUAAUCAGUUUGUCUGA